AUGUUAUUAGACUUACAAACAAUAAAUUUUGGUAAAAAUUAUAUUUCUAGACACAGUCCAUAUUCAAGACAACUUUCAUCUAAUAUAAAAAUAAAGACAAUAGCCUCUAAAGAUGCUCUAAGAAGAAUAGACCAAUUAUGA